AUGAAGCUUCCCCGACGUCAAAGUGGACGCUGACAUAAGCAGGGCGGGAUGACGCCGAGAUAGGCUGAGCUCUCGACGAGCGUCUCGACUGUCGGCCAUUGAUUUCCUGGCCUUGGUUCUGUUUCGAUCCUGGGCUUUGUGGUUGCACGGAGGAGGAGGCGAUAUCUGUCCGCUCUCUAUUGCUUUUGAUUUACUUCUUGUUCCUCUGGAUUCCGUUUCAGUCCAAACACCAUGGCCGCUCCGCCCACCGCAUACAAGGACCGGCAAUUCCUUGCGGUGAUUGGAGAUGAAGACUCAGUGACCGGACUGUUGCUUGCUGGCGUUGGUCAUGUUACCGAUCCCCCAGACUCGCAGCGCAACUUCCUUGUGGUCGACUCCAAGACCGAGACCUCCACCAUCGAGAAGGCAUUCCAGAACUUCACACAAGAGAGGAAGGACAUCGGAGUUCUGUUGAUCAACCAGCAUAUUGCGGAACGUAUCCGCAACAGCGUGGAUUCAUUUACUGAAGCUUUCCCGGCCGUCCUGGAGAUUCCAAGCAAGGAUCACCCGUAUGACCCAGAGAAGGACAGUGUUCUGAGACGCGUGCGGAGACUGUUUGGAGAGUAAUGAUGGGGAAACGAAAGCGAAACGAAGCGAGGCCCAAUUUUCUUGGCUACAUGGAUUCCUGAUGACCUACGCGGGCCGUCUCACCAAGUGUAAAUGCAUCUUUAGGGUGUGAUGUCGUUGUUGGCAUCUUUUGUCAGUUGUUUGGCUUACGAUGUAUUGCAAAGAUGAAGAAUAAUUAGUGCUUCUGGGAGAAGAUACCCAAUACAAGAAAUCAACAGCAUAUAUUACAAGUGGCAUGACUGCAAGAUGCAUAUGGUGAUUGGGUAGCUCCGGUUAACGCAAUAGAAUGAAGGCCUAUCUCACAUGAUUGCUUAACAGGUUGAAAGGGCUACAGCACUGUGGACAUUGGUGCAACUACAUGUAGAUACCAUUGAACCAGAUAACCAAAAGUUGCUUUGAACUGCUCUCCAGUUGCAUCGUUCGAUAACGACAAUGCGGAGCAGGUGUAAAGUAGGAAGGUAGAGGCGUAGUUAAAGUUUCGCGCUAUCUCACUAGUGGAG